AUGAUUUCUAAAAAUAUUAAAUCCUUUUUUAGUUUUAAAGCAAUUGGAAUCGAUCUAGGCACAACUAAAUCAAGGAUGGCAAUUUUAUCAGAAACUGAUGAAGGAAAGCUUGAAAUCAUUGAUCCAAAUUAUUCUAUCAGCACAAAUGCUCUAAUUGGCACUGAUGGAUAUAAGCAAAUAGGAAUAGAUCCCACAAAUACUAUAUUUAACUAUAAAAAUUUCAUAUAUGACAUUUCGAGGGUGAUAGGAAAUUCUUUAGGCCACAAAGCACUCCAAAGACAUAUUCAAAGGGUUCCAUACGAAAUAGUUGAACUGCCAAAGGAAUCUUUUAAUAUCAGCGAAGCUUGCUUUUUUAUGCACAAUGUUCAUUAUAAAUCAGCACAAGUUCUAACUAUCCCCUUUAAAUUGAAACACAAAUUCCUGCUCUAAUCUAAACGAGUUUAAUUGAUUUUUAAAAGAAUUUAUAUUAAUUUUUUUUCAAAUAUAAAAUUGAACCCAAAUUAUAAAUUAAUCGACUCAGCUUGAAAUUAUUCAAAAAUAUUAUUAAUUGAAUGUUUUAAAUUUUGUCAAAACUAAUUUUAUAAAAAAAAAAAAAAUUUUUGCAAUUGAAAACAUAUUUUGUUUCAACUUAAAGAUGGCUAUAGUAGGCCAAAAGAUGGAAAAUUUCACUUAAGUUUUGUUCCAAUUUAAAAGGGGGGAGUAAGUUGAAUCAUCAAAAAUCUCAAAGCAAAAGCUGAAGAAAUCGUAAAAGAGCCGAUCCUUUAUUCUGGGAUCUCUGUGCCCUCAUUUUUUAAUAGCUCACAAAGAAUCGCUAUUAAAAAUGCAGCAGAGUUAGCAGGACUAAAAGCAUCGCUGGUAAAUGCACCAUCUGCCUGCAUUCUUGGCUACGAUGAUAAACUAAAAGAAACCGUAAAUGAAAAUAGAAAAGUUUUAGUUAUCAAUAUUGGCCAUGGUACAAUGGACUUGUCAAUAAUUUCAGUCUCACAUGGAGUCUACAACGUAGAAUUCACACAAGGAAGCUCAAGUUUUGGAGGUAUGGAUUUUGAUUAUGCAAUACAAGAUUCAUUUUGAAAGGUUUUGCAAGAAAAAUCAGAAGGAAAUAUUGCAGAUGACUUAUCAGCAAGAUGAAAGCUUAAAAUUCUUGCUGAAAAAGCGAAAUUAAAAUUAUCAAGAAGAAAAAUUGCCACAAUCAAAGACUAUUUUGAAGAAAAAUCAGGAAAAAUCUUUGAAUUUCAGCACAAAAUUUCACGAGAAGAGUUUGCUAUUCUUACUUCAAAAGAACUAAAUUUCUUAAAAGAAACAAUAGAGCCUAUGCUGAAUAAAUGCUCUGAUAUCAAUGAAAUCAUUUUAUCUGGAGGUAUGACAAAAAUGCCUGCAAUAAAAAAUAUGAUAAAACAGUAUUUUAAAAAAAUCCCAAUUUCUAUGAUAAAAUCUGAGAGUAUUCCAGCAAUAGGAGCUCUAAUAAACCUCUCAACUCACAGAAAAUUGUCUUCAAAACUGGUACUCAAUGACAUCUUAACACUUCCAGUUGGCUGAGCAACUAAACCUGAAUUUGAGCCAGAUUUAGUAGCUGGCACAGUUUUUCCUGCAACUAUUACAAAAGAAUACAGCAAUUGGGACAUUUACCAGCGCUAUGACGAAACCUAUAUAUAUCAAGGCAACCAAAAAAUAAAUAGCGAAAAUUCAUUAAUAUGGAAAAAUAAAAUAGAAAUUCGAGCAACAAAAAUGGAAACAAAACUUCUAAUAUUAAAUGCCAUCGUAAAUAAAGAAGGAAUCUUCGAUGCUAAAAUUUUUGAUAAAGGGCAAUAUCAUUAUGGGACUUCUUUUAGUGAAAUGAGAAUGACUGAAAUAUUGAGAAUGAGAAAUGAGGAAGAAAUAAAAGAAAACAUAAUUAAUGCAAAGAGACAAGGAAAAGCAUAUAAGAUGAUAUCUGAGGAGCCUUUUAUUUUUAAAAACGCGAAAAUUGAAGCAAAAUGAAAAGAGUGCUCACUAGAAAAUGAAAAUUACGAGGAAAAAUAUUGGGAUAGAUAUAUUAAUUGACCAAGAAUAGCCCACUAUGGAGCCAUUCUUGGUCUGCCAGAAAAAAUUUUGACAAAAAGAUCCUAAUCUGCCAUUACCACUGAGUUUUGGUGUUUCCAAAUUUUUUGGGCAAGCCAAAUGCAAUAAAAAAAAUUGUUCUUUUGCGAUGAUGCAUUUGGCUUGUCAAAAAAAUUUGGAAACACCAAAACUCAGUGGUAAUGGCAGAUUAGGAUCUUUUCUGCCAUUACCACUGAGUUUUGAUGUUGCCAAUUUUUUGACAAGCCAAAUGCAUCAUCGCAAAAGAACAAUUUUUUUAUUGCAUUUGGCUUGCCCAAAAAAUUUGGAAACACCAAAACUCAGUGAUAAUGGCAGAUUAGGAUCUUUUGUCAAAAUUUUUUCUGGCAGACCAAGAAUGGCUCUCCAUAGUGGGCUAUUCUUGGUCAAUUGGUAUAUUUGGUAUAUUUUGUUUAUAGAAGAGAAGUUUAUAAAGAGGAAAAAGAUAAUAUUGAUUAUAAACAUGGCUGGUUUCCAUAUGGAGAAAUAUAUGAAGAGCAUUAA